GUCUAAAAUGACAUCAGUCCUACUGGUGUCAUUUUUUUACACCAGUUCGUUUGGGGUACCUACGGGGCUCCGUUUGUAAAAAUGACGGUUCCUACCCCCCCAUGACCCUCCCCCGAAACCCCCCCCCCCACCCCCCGAAACCUACUGGUGUAAGUUUGAAAAUCCCCCACAAUUCUGCUCUUGCUGCAAUAUUUUUGGGCAUACUGUCAACAACUGCCGGAAACACAAACACUUGAGCCUCACCGGAAAAGCUCCGGCCGGCGAGGCGGACAACAUGGGAGCGGGGCUUAAGGAGGAUCUUGCAGGAUGGACAUGGGUAAAAGGAAAUCGACAUGGCAGGCCAGAUUCUAUUUUGGGUAGGGUUGGAGUUCAUGUGGGCCAAAGAAAUUCCCCUCCAAAAAGCCAAGUCCAAAAACAAGUGGACAUUUCAAAAACUGGCGUCCCUUUUUCCCUUGCCCCUCCUGAAUUUCACACCACUUCUGACCAACCAUGUUCGUCCAAACAGGCUAAUUCACAGUGGUCUCCUCUGAUGCCUAUCAUUGAAGAUGUGAAUGAAGAUGAAGUACUUUCCCAAUCCACGCCAUCUCCUAAACAGAAUGCCCCACUGCCCAUUACUAUCCCAGAUGACAGCCUGGCCUUGGUCCCCUACUCCAAUGGUCCAGGGGUCCCAGCGCUUGCACCACACCUCCUCAGUAAAGAUGACUACUGGGUCUGCAAACCUUCCUCUGCCUCCACGAUGUGCAUGGACUUUGGGAAGCUUGAGAAAGAAGAUGGCUUCUUUUCUUUGUACUGCCAUUCCGAAGGCAAUGAAGGGGAUAUGCCUUUCGAUGGUUCUGAGCUUCUUCCCUUACAGGUGGAUAUUUCCUCUUGCAGUACCACCCCCAUGCCUUUCAAAACAUACCUCAAACACUCCAAAGAAACUACUCCUCAUGCCAUGGAGACAAGGAGCAAAACUUCACACAUUUCUUCCUACGGACUUAAAUUGGGUUACAGCAACCAUCUCUCUUCGGCUAGUAACAAGAGAUGGAUAUUUUGGGACUCUAACCUGCUUCAUUUGAUUAGCUUCGACGAUGAAGAGCAAGCUACUCACUGCACAUUCUCCAUGGUAAACAAAUCCAACUCCACAAUUAUCAUCUCUUCUGUCUAUGGGGCUCACACGGUGAUUGAGAGAAGGCAGCUUUGGGAGAGCUUACAGGGGAGGAGCAACACUAAUCAAAAUUGGGUGGUGGGAGGCGACUUUAAUGCUAUUUCUUCCCCUUCAGAAUACAAAGGUCAGUGCGAACCAAAUGCACUUGGAAUGGAAGAGUUCAACUCGUGCAUUGAAGCUUGCAAUCUGUUCUGCCCAGACCCUUCAGGUGGUCUCUUUACGUGGUCUGGCACAAGAAGCCGUGGGAGAACAUGGCGUAGGUUGGAUAGAGUGUUGGUUAAUCUAGCUUUUCAAUCAUUCUUUCCUCAUUUUUAUACUCACCAUUUACCCAAAGCUUGUAGUGACCACAAAGCUAUUCUCUUCACUUGCCAUUCUAGCCGUGACAGUGGCCCUUCUUCAUUCCGAUUCCUGAAUGCCUGGAUUUACCAUGACCAGUUCCUCCAGGUGGUUAAGGAUUGUUGGACUAAGACUCCCUACUCUGGUGGCAUGCGUGGACUUGUGGCAAAACUCAAAAAACUUAAGGGAUGUCUCAAGGAGUGGAACAAGAAGGAAUUUGGCAAUAUCUUUGAAAAUCUAACUAAGGCGGAGGAGUUUGCAACCCAAACCCAGUUAUGCUUUGAGGAAGAUCCUACCGAUGCCAAUCGCGAAAUAGCCGAGAAGGCAAACGCCAAACUUCUUCUCGCUACUCACAAAGAGGUGGCAUAUUGGAAGCAAAAAGCUAAUGUGAGAUGGCUUGAAUUUGGGGACUCAAACUCCAAGGUCUUCCAUGCCUUUGCUAAUGGGAAGAGAAGGAAGCUUGCCAUUAAUCAUAUUAUUUCGGACACUGGUGUUGGGCUCUCCAUUCAAUCAGAGAUCUGCUUGGAAGCUGCUUCCCACUUCUCCAAGCAGUUUCAGGCCCUUUCCCCCUCCAACCCUAUCCACCCCCUCUCCCAAAUCCCUAGUAUCAUCACAGACAGUGAUAACUUGCAGCUCAGUAGGAUUCCUUCCUUGGAGGAAGUUCAGCAGGCAGUUUGGGAGCUGGACAGUGGUAGCGCCUCAGGACCGGAUGGCUUCAAUGGUGUUUUCUUCCGUACUUAUUGGGAAAUUAUUAAAGAGGAAAUGCUCAAAGCCUCUCAAGAAUUUUUCUUGGGAUUUCCCAUUCCACGAGCCUAUGGUAGUACUCUCAUUUCCCUUAUCCCCUAGAAGGAUAGUCCCAAACGCUUUGAUGAUUUCAGGCCCAUCACCCUUAGCACGUUCAUGAGCAAGGUUAACACCAAAAUCCUCUCCAACAGGCUCAAACCCUUGCUGCCCAAGCUAAUCUCCUCAAAUCAAGCAGCUUUUCAACAAGGAAAAAGCAUGGCUGACCACAUCCU